GAAUGAGAAUCAGAGGAUGGAAAUAGUCUGGGAGGUGCUUUUUCUUCUUCAAGCCAAUUUCAUCGUCUGCUUAUCAGCUCAACAGAAUUCACCAAAAAUCCAUGAAGGCUGGUGGGCAUACAAAGAGGUGGUCCAGGGAAGCUUCGUUCCAGUUCCUUCUUUCUGGGGACUGGUGAACUCAGCUUGGAAUCUUUGCUCUGUGGGGAAACGGCAGUCUCCAGUCAACAUAGAGACGAGUCACAUGAUCUUCGACCCCUUCCUCACGCCCCUUCGCAUCAACACUGGGGGCAGGAAGGUCAGUGGGACUAUGUACAACACUGGAAGACAUGUGUCCCUCCGCCUGGACAAGGAGCACUUGGUCAACAUAUCAGGAGGGCCCAUGACAUACAGCCACCGGCUGGAGGAGAUCCGGCUACACUUUGGGAGUGAGGACAGCCAAGGGUCGGAGCACCUCCUCAAUGGUCAGGCCUUCUCUGGAGAGGUGCAGCUCAUCCACUACAACCAUGAGUUAUACACAAACGUCACAGAAGCUGCAAAGAGUCCAAACGGAUUGGUGGUAGUUUCUAUAUUUAUAAAAGUUUCUGAUUCAUCAAACCCAUUUCUUAAUCGAAUGCUCAACAGAGAUACGAUCACAAGAAUAACAUAUAAAAAUGAUGCUUAUUUACUACAGGGACUUAAUAUAGAGGAACUAUAUCCAGAGACCUCUAGUUUCAUUACCUACGAUGGGUCGAUGACGAUCCCGCCCUGCUAUGAGACGGCAAGUUGGAUAAUAAUGAACAAACCCGUCUAUAUAACCAGGAUGCAGAUGCAUUCCUUACGCCUCCUCAGCCAGAACCAGCCAUCUCAGAUCUUCCUGAGCAUGAGUGACAACUUCAGGCCCGUGCAGCCACUCAACAACCGCUGCAUCCGCACCAACAUCAACUUCAGCCUCCAGGGGAAGGACUGUCCGAACAACCGAGCCCAGAAGCUCCAGUACAGAGUAAAUGAAUGGCUCCUCAAGUAGGGAAGUAAGCCAAGAAGAAUCCCAUCUCAGUGAAAUGCUACAACUGUGAAUUGACGUAACCUAGAAUGUCCUCCGUCCUUCUCUCUCCUUCCUUCCCCCAAGCCUCAUUCACUCUUUGGAUUGGCCCAUUCCUCAUGAAAAAUGUGUGCAAAACCAUGGAACCCAUUUGUUGUACACAACUCCCAAACACACACACACACGUGUGUGUGAACAUACCUACACACACACACACGCACACUCAUUCAACCUCCAUGAUGGAAAGUCAAGUUUCAGAAACAAAAGGCUCAUUCAUAAGAAGUCUUAGAAGAAAAUAACCAGUUAACCUGAUUACAAUUUUGAUACCGUUUUCCUGAACUAAGAAAUCUACCCAGUGAAACUUUUCAUUCUUUGUACAUACAAAAUUCUUCCAAGUGAGAGAGAAGAGAAAGCACAGUUCUGAAAGCAUCAAGUGGACUUUCCACCAGGUCAUCCCCAGCAGUGUCCUAGGAUCCUUCGAGGAUGCUGGCAACAGAUGAACUAGGACAAAGCUGACCAAGGACACUUAUUUCUAGAUUAUGAUUCCUCUGUUUACUCAACAACUUAAAAAAGAAAACACAAAGGACAGACAUUGAAGAGCUACACAUUGUAUAUAUAUAUCACCGCAGACUAUAAAGAAAUGGGAUUAUUUCCCUCUUUGUCAUAUAUCUGUAGUAGGAUUUGCCAAGGUCAGAAUUGAUCCAUUUGCUGUUUGUUGUUUUCCAAAGGUCAUAUGUUGUGUUUGGUUAUCGUUAACAGCUCAAUAAAUGUAUUUAACGAGUUGAUUUCAUUUUUCCGGCUUCGGUCUGUUCUCCUUCCUCCCAGGCGAAGCCCUGGCUCCAUGCAACUCCAUCCUUUGAGUUCACUUGUCCCUCCGCCUCCAUGUUUUGUUCAUCGCAGCCAGUUUUACUAAGUUUGUGGCAAUCAGGAAUGCAUUUGCUAAGCAAGUAUAACUUUAAUUCCACUCCAUGGCUCGAUCAUUCAUACAAGGUGAGCUUCAGCCUGACAUAGCAGGCGACAGAUUUCUUGCGUUUCAAAACUGCCAUCCCCCCUGUGAUGCUCCCGUGAAGGAAUGCACUUUGCCUUGUAAAUUCCUGGGAAAGGGUGUCUUUUCUCUCCAGGUGCAGCCAGAUCUCACAAAGUACAAACGAAUGCCUUUCUUUUCUUGUUUAUAAUGGUCACUCACUGUGUUUGGUUACUGUCAAAAAAAAUCAAUAAAUGUGUUUAACAAGUUA